AUGGGAGCAAAACCUUCAGCACCAGAAAAACAAAAAAAUAAAGAAAAAGCAAGCACAAAUUCAAAUCAGCAAUUUUCAUCAGAAGUAAUGACAUCUUAUAAUGGAAAUCGUGAAUUUAUAGUUUCCACAGAAGAAAUCACUAAUAUUCUUCCGGUUAAUGAUGAUGAAUUUGCAAGAAAAACCACAGUUCAUUUCUUGCACAAAAAAAUUUGGGAUGAAACUAAUUUUUCAGCACCAAUUACAAGACAAUUGAAGGAGGAGUAUGGUUUUAAUGUGCUGGAUGUUGGUUGUGGGAAUGGCACAUAG